AUGGCUGUGGGUUCUGCUCCAUGGGCCGCCCCACUGGCCCUGGUACUACUGGCAAUCACCCUGGCAGUGCCAGCUCUGGGAGGGUGCCCAUCCGCCUGCCGGUGCUCCUUCGCCAUGCUGCAGUGCCUGGAGCCCAAUGGCAUUGCCACUAUACCCGCGUUGGCACUACAGGAGAGCGAAAACGUCACGGAAAUUUACAUCGAAAAUCAAGCCGACCUGGAGAACAUUACAGAAGUAGACCUUGCCAACUAUAGAGAGUUGAAGAAUCUCACGGUCACGUUCUGCAGGCUGGCGUACAUCUCGGCUAAUGCUUUCCAACACAACAUCAAGCUCCAAUAUGUAAACCUGGCAUCUAACUCCCUGGAGCAUAUCAGUUGGAAGGUGUUCCAUUUUCUUCCCCUGCUCAACCUGGUUUUGAGGGACAACCCCCUUGAGUGCUCCUGUGAUAUCCAUUGGCUGCAGCAAUGGCAGCUUAACGACCACAGUGACCUUGACAACCAACCGCUACAUUGCCUCUCCAAUGGCCAUGCCCGACGGUUGGACUCCUUAGUGAUGGAGAAUUGCACUGUACCGGAUGUCGCCAUUGUCCAUGCCAACACCAAGGUCCAGGAGGGGGGCAACCUGACAUUUGUGUGUCAGGUGACAGGAGUGCCCAUGCCUGUAGUGAGGUGGCGCACUAAUAAACUGCUGUCUCGCUAUACUGUACAGGAGAGGUUCUGGGGAUCCACUUUGGAGCUGGAGCUGCAGCUGUGGAAUAUGUCCUCAGAAGACAACCUGCACAACUUGACCUGUGAGGCAGAGAACCGGGCCGGGCCUGGAGAAGAGAAAGUGACGUUGGACAUUGAAUUUCCAGCCAAAAUCAUAUUCCUGCACAACGCCGAGCAACAGCACCACUGGUGUUUCCCCUUUAAGGUGGACGGGAACCCUGAGCCAACCAUCCGCUGGCUUUUCAAUGGCUCCAACCUGACCGAGGGCCGUUACACCUACACACAGUUCAUUCCUGACUCGGACGACGGCUCUGUGAAGCACGGUUGUCUAUUUCUCAACAAGCCCACCCACCUGAACAACGGCCUCUACACCAUCAUUGUGGAGAACAGACUGGGCGUGGACGAAGCCACGGCCACAGGGAUGUUCAUGGACAACCCCUUUGACCCCUUUGAUCCUGAGGGCAUCAUCCCAGUUCCCACCAACAAAUCUAAUGAGGAUGUCACUGAGAACCUGGAGAGCAGAGUGUUUGGGGUGUCGGUGGCAGUGGGUCUGGCUGUGUUUGCUUGCACCUUCAUCCUCAUUAUGGUACUGGUCAUCAACAAGUGUGGCCAGCAGUCCAAGUUUGGUAUUCACCGUUCAUCUGUCUUGGGAACAGAGGAUGAUCUUGCUGUGUCACUGCGUUUCAUGAACUUUGGGGCCAGCCCUCCUUCCUCUGACGACUCUGGGAUGUCCAGCUUUGUGGAGAACCCCCAGUACUUCUGUGGCAUUUUCAAAGACAAAGACAUGUGUGUGCAGCACAUUAAAAGACAGGACAUAGUUCUGAAGUGGGAACUAGGUGAGGGGGCAUUUGGCAAAGUCUACCUGGCAGAGUGUGCCAACCUCAGUCCGGACAGUGACAAAAUGCUGGUGGCCAUCAAGACUCUGAAGGAUGCCAAUGAGUCGACCCGGCAGGACUUCCAGAGAGAGGCUGAGCUGCUCACAGUCCUCCAGCACCAGAACAUUGUUCGCUUCUAUGGAGUGUGUACAGAUGGCGAGCCACUGGCGAUGGUGUUUGAAUACAUGAGACAUGGAGACCUCAACCGCUUCCUCAGAGCGCACGGUCCAGACGCCCAUAUCCUGGAGGAGGUGAAGAUGCCCCCGCUGGGCCAGCUCACUCUUCCCCAGAUGCUGCACAUCGCCGCCCAGAUCGCCUCAGGCAUGGUCUACCUGGCCUCCCUUCACUUUGUGCACCGGGACCUGGCCACACGCAACUGCCUGGUGGGAGAUAUGGGAGAGGGUCUGAUGGUCAAGAUAGGAGACUUCGGCAUGUCCCGGGACAUCUACAGCACAGACUACUACAGGGUGGGUGGGCGUACGAUGCUUCCUAUUCGCUGGAUGCCCCCGGAAAGCAUCAUGUACAGGAAGUUCACCACGGAGAGUGAUAUCUGGAGCUUUGGAGUGGUCCUCUGGGAGAUCUUCACCUAUGGGAAACAGCCCUGGUACCAGCUCUCCAACAGCGAGGCUAUCGAGUGCAUAACACAGGGCCGGGAGCUGGAGAGACCACGCACUUGCCCCAAGGAGGUACACAGCCUGAUGCAGGGCUGCUGGCAGAGGGAACCCCAGCAGAGACUGGUCAUCAAGGACAUCCACAGCCGCCUCCUGUCCCUGGUUAAGAGUCCCCCUAUCUAUCUGGACAUCCUGGGGUAG